ACCAGUCUUUCCAUAUGGGGAUGGGGAAGUCUUGGUGUUGUGCUUUUUCUAAUAACUUUUGGACCCUUCGCUAUAUUUUACUUUGCGUUUUAUAUCCUCUGCUUUGUGGGUGGAGGUUUUGUGGUUACUCUUUUAUUUGGAAAAAGCAACUCAGAAAAGUACCUUGAGCAGUGUGAACAUUCAUUUCUUCCUUGUACAUCAGUUGGUAUCCCUAAGUGCAUAGAAGAAAUGAAACGUGAAGCCAGACCUAUUAAGAUUGACAGAAGACUGACAGGUGCAAAUAUAAUUGAUGAGCCUUUGCAACAGGUGAUCCAGUUUUCCUUGAGAGACUAUGUGCAGUACUGGUAUUACACACUAAGCGAUGAUGAAUCGUUUCUCCUGGAAAUCAGGCAAGCUCUUCAGUAUGCACUUGUUCAGUUUUCUGCCAGGUCAAAGGAAACAGACUGGCAGCCUUACUUCACUACACGACUUGUUGAUGACUUCGGCACACAUCUUCGAGUUUUCAGAAAAGCUCAGCAAAGAAUAGCAGAGAAGGGUGAUCAGAUGAAAGACCAAGCUGAGGAACUUGUAGAUACAUUCUUUGAGGUUGAAGUUGAAAUGGAAAAAGAAGUCUGUCGUGACCUAGUCUGCACUUCUCCCAAAGAUGAAGAAGGAUUCCUAAGGGAUCUGUGUGAGGUCUUACUGUAUAUAUUGCUACCUCCUGGAGACUUCCAGAACAAGAUCAUGCGAUACUUUGUCAGGGAAAUCCUCUCCCGAGGAAUUCUUCUUCCAUUAAUAAACCAGCUCAGUGAUCCUGAUUAUAUUAAUCAGUAUGUCAUAUGGAUGAUUCGUGAUUCCAACUGUAACUAUGAGGCCUUUAUGAAUAUUAUUAAAUUAAGUGAUAAUAUAGGAGAGUUGGAAGCAGUCAAAGAUAAAGCAAGUGAAGAACUGCAAUAUCUUCGAUCUCUAGAUACAGCAGGAGAUGAUAUCAACACUAUAAAAAAUCAAAUAAACAGUUUAUUAUAUGUUAUUAAAGUAUGUGAUUCAAGAAUUCAGAGGUUGCAGUCAGGAAAAGAAAUAGAUACUGUGAAACUGGCAGCAAACUUUGGAAAACUUUGCACAGUCCCUCUGGACCAUAUCCUGGUAGACAAUGUUGCACUACAGUUUUUUAUGGAUUACAUGCAGCAGACUGGUGGCCAAGCACAUCUGUUUUUCUGGAUGACAGUGGAAGGAUACAGGGUUACAGCACAGCAACAGCUGGAGGUACUUCAAAGCCGGCAACGAGAUGGAAAACAUCAGACUAAUCAGACCAAGGGUCUAUUAAGAGCAGCUGCAGUUGGAGUUUAUGAGCAAUAUUUAUCAGAAAAGGUAGGAAUAAUGUACAGUAUUUAUUUUGUAUCUAUCGCUGUGGAAAUACAUUUUCAUUUAGAUGCUAUUUUGGGAACUGGAAGUAUUUAUGUGUUGUGUACAACUGUUUCUCAAUACUAUGAUAAUAGCUUUUCCAGAAAUGAAACUACAAAAUCUUACGGGGACUGCUAUUUCUUGUGUGUGGCCCUACAUUGGAGGAAAUCUAACUUUUUUUUUUUUUUCUUUUCCCAAUCCUCACUGAUGCCAGAAUCUUUUAAUGGGUCUCCUACUAGUAGCAUAAAUCUGUCCUUAGAUGACCUUUCAAAUGUCCCUUCUGAUGAGACAGUUCAACUCCAUGCAUAUAUCUCGGAUACUGUAUAUGCUGACUAUGACCCAUAUGCUGUGGCAGGAGUGUGUAAUGACCAUGGCAAGACGUACGCGCUGUAUGCUAUCACAGUCCAUCGAAGAAAUGCAAACAGUGAGGAAACAUGGAAGACAUAUCGGCGCUACAGUGACUUCCAUGACUUUCACAUGAGGAUCACUGAGCAGUUUGAAAAUCUGGCAAAUAUACUGAAACUUCCUGGCAAAAAGACAUUUAACAAUAUGGACAGAGACUUCUUGGAGAAGAGGAAAAAAGAUUUAAAUGCAUAUUUGCAGCUCCUGUUAAAUCCUGAAAUGAUGAAAGCUUCUCCAGCUCUAGCCCAUUAUGUGUACGACUUCUUGGAAAAUAAGGCCUACAGCAAAGGGAAGGGGGAUUUUGCACGGAAGAUGGACACAUUUGUAAACCCACUGCGUAACUCUAUGAGAAAUGUAUCAAAUGCAGUCAAGUCUCUCCCUGACAGCCUCGCAGAGGGAAUGACUAAAAUGUCAGACAACAUGGGUAAAAUGUCAGAGAGACUGGGACAAGACAUAAAGCAAUCAUUUUUCAAGGUGCCUCCUUUGAUCCAGAAAACCUAUUCAGAUCCUGACCAUUGCCGUGUUGCAGCAACAAUUGAUGACAGUGUGGAUGACAAUAUUCCACUUCGAGUAAUGCUCCUCCUAAUGGAUGAAGUCUUUGAUUUAAAGGAAAGAAAUCAAUGGUUAAGAAGAAAUAUAAAGAAUCUGCUUCAACAGCUUAUUAGAGCAACGUAUGGUGACACAAUUAAUAGGAAAAUAGUUGAUCAUGUUGACUGGAUGACAUCUCCUGAACAAGUAGCAGAUGCUGUGAAACGCUUCAGAGAUGCCUUUUGGCCCAAUGGCAUUUUAGCAGAGACCGUUCCACGGAGAGACAAAGCUAUUAGAAUGAGAACAAGAGUAGCAGGGAAGACCAAAUUGCUAGAGAUAAUGCCGGAUGAACUGAAGCACAUCAUAGGUGCUGAGACAACACGAAAAGGUAUUCUUCGGGUCUUUGAGAUGUUCCAGCAUACUCAACUGAAUAAGAGAAUGGUAUACGUCUUUCUGGAGAGAUUUCUAGAAACCUUAUUUCCACAAAAUAAGUUCCAUGAGCUCUUCAACAAACUGCAUUCACGGUCAAAGCAGAUGCAGAGGUAUAAACAGAGACUACAUUCUACUCAAGCGCCUUCCUUGCAGAAAAGGUGACACUUUAAACCUAUUAAGCUGGUGUAUGUUUGUCCAGGACUUAUUACUUGGGCAGAUUCUCUGGGGCUUCAAACUUACAUGCUAUUAUUUCUGCACCAGUCUUUUAGUGUCACAUAGUAGAUUAUUAAUGCAUCUGUAAGACCUGUGGAUCUUCUCAUCUUCACUUGUAAUUCAACCACUACCAGAAGGGUUCGUGUGUCUUAAAUGAUUUGGUGCGUCUUCAUGCAACAUUGAGAAGAAAACUGGCCCACUAUAUAAGAAUGCUGAUUCCUUCCGUUCCUGAGGCGAUGUUUGCCAGCAAUGAAAAGUGCCAGACUGAGUGAAGCAUAACGAUGAAGGAAAAGAAUGAUGCGGUGAAGGAAAAGAACGUUUUGGCACUGGGAGAUAGUGCAAUGUGUGAGAAUCAGGUGGAAUUUUUCUACAUUAUGUCUAUUGAGGCUCUGUAGGGCUUAUUUAACAUUCCUGUAAAGGCUGAGCUAACAUGAAAAGCAAUCUCUGGAACAGCAGAUUUAUAGAGGAGGGGAAAAAUAGUUAUACCCCCAUUCAUAAAAGUAUAUUUAUUAAAGUAAAGUUGAGGAAAUGUGAUUUUUAUGCCACACAAACUUUCCCUUUUAUGUUUGGAAAUAAAACUAACAUUAGAUCUGUUGGGGGUUUUAGUAAAGAUGCAGUAGAAAUAAAACCUUUAUUCUGAUUAUUCUGUAGCUCUAAGGGCCAUCUUCUGCUCUUAUAGCACCUGACAUACAUUUUGCAUGUAACUUCAGUGAAGAAGGGGCAUCAUAUUUAUGUUCAAUUGGUGUAUUUGAACAUAUGUCAAAAUCAUAGUUGCAGAAGGAAGGGGGUACAUGUUUCAAAGAGCACAGAUAUCGUACUAGGAGAUGAGGAAAUUGCACUAAGAAACAAUUCUCACACUAUUCCCAACUAAAAUCUGAAACUUUUUAGGGUGCAAAAGACUGUGUCCUACCUAAUUGAAGGAUUCCUUUACCUUUGAGCGUGUAAGGUUCAUGGGGAAAAAAAAAAAUGUUAGAAUUAGUUGGUUCCUUACAGAUAAAAAGAUUUCAUUAGUCAUAUGCAAACAUUUGGGAAUUCCUGAACGCAUCCUAGUGUAUAUAUGAAAAUAAAAAGGAGAUAAAAUUACAAUAUUUUUUAAAUAUUUUUUAUUUUUGCAUAGUGUAAAAUUUUAAUAGAAAUUUGACAUCAAGGCCCCACAUCCAUCUGUUUAGUUCCAUCAAAUAAUUUAUGUCCAAUUAAGAAUAAAAUAACAAAUAAUACUUUUAGGCCACAGCAUACCUCAGUUCGUCUUUUCUUUUUCAUAGUCCCCUACUGUUUAUGAGCACUACUAUCUGAGUGAAUAGAAAGUAAUUUUGCAGAGUCCAUAUUUCUUCAGAACGCUUAACACGGGAUAUGAUACAACUAUUGAUUAAGGAUACUUACAGCAAUUUGUGUUUAAAUGGGAACAAAUCCUUCUACAUGAGAGAGGAACACAGACCAUUUAUUAAAGCGUUCUAAAGAGAAGAUAGAAGGCUCUCAAAGGACCUAGUUAAUUUGACUGAAGCAUCUAUAUAAAUCAUUUUUCUUAUGGACUCUAUUCACGCAAUGUAGCCUUUUAUCAUACUACUUAACGAUCAUAUUGUACUGUUAACGUUUUCAUACAGUAUGCAUGGGCUCAAGUGCACUUGUUUGUUUUUUUUUUCCUUUAUUGCAGAAUUAAAUACUGUAAGUUAAAUCCCUUUCUUUUAUAAUUACCAAGAAGACAAGUUGGAAAAUAUGUAACAACCCUUCCCCCUUCUUCUCUGCAGAUUUUGUAGAAGUGUGAUUAAGUGCUGUUGAAUUUAACAAAAUUGUUGAGUUCCUGUGUGGAGUAGUCAGCAUAGCCAGCUACUAUUGUUUACAUGCCUGUAUCUUCCUCUGAUGUCAGUGUAGACUAUAGCAUACCUGACAUCUAGCUGAUGAAAGAUCGUUCAGCAAUUGUUCUUGGUGAUAUAGUACUUACAUCAUUGAUACUACCAAACCUAAUUUAUGUCUUUUUAAAUCACUGAAUUUGUUUUGCAGUAUGAAAAUGGGAAGUUUAAAUGCUGUUUUGUCAAAUCUGUGGAACCUCUUAUCUAUCUGCAGGUACCAUGAAAAAAUUCAAGAGAAUGGUGAUUGUGUGCAAAUUGGGAUUUUCUUAAUUAUCUGGUACAUUUCUAGUAAAAAAAAAAAAAAUUUAAAAAUAAUAAUAAUAAUAAUAAAUAAAAUAAAAAUAAAUAAAAAAAAUAAUAUCUCUAGAAAUGUGAACUGAACAUAAUACACCAUGUUCAUUAGUCAUUUUACUUAAUGGAAUUUAUUACAUAUAUAUAUGCUUAUACACACACUUAUAUAUGGGUGUGCAUACGUGUAUAUAUAUACUAAAGUUUUGUCUUCUGUAUUUAGUUGCAGAAUGUGGGUUCCUAAUUCAGUUGUGCCUGUUGGCUGGCAAGAUCGAUCAGAAAUUAAUACUUUUGGUUUAAAAAUUUGUACCUGUCUUUACAAUGGUUUUCCUUUUGUCAAUUCAAAAUACCUUCCCUGUCAACCACGCAGCCUGUUGUCCUAUAAAGUCUCCAAAACUGAAUGUUAACAUACAGCACUUAAGUGUAUCUUCUGGCCUUUGGGUGCUGUGACUGGCCACUGAAGAUUGUGCCAUUGUCAACAAAUGCACUUGUUUUAGCCUUAAUUAUUUUUAAGAGAAAAUGAGCAAUUGAGUUUUUCAUUUGGUUCAUCCUCAAGCUUGUGCUGCUGGUGUUUGCUAGAACUAAACAGUAAAUUUUAAGUGCUACCAGAAUGUGUACCAAAAUAAAAAAUAUAUGAAAUCCA